AGCUCAAAAAUGAAAAAUCUACUUAUUAUUUUCUAAUUACAAAAAAAACCCUUACUAAUCCCAUCCCAAAUAAUCUAAUAAAACCCAAAGAACGGAACCCCGUCACCAGUCUUCUUCCAGUCUUCGCAGCAUCCCGCUUCCUCCGGCGCAGCUUCUCUCUCUCUCUCUACCCGCGCUUUAAUACUACUCUCCCUCUCUCGCUUCCUCUCGAGUCUCCUCCGAUCUCCUAUAAAUCUCGGCACCGAUCAGUUUCUGAACAGAAUAUCUGAUAGAUCGGGAAACUUGCUUACUAAGAUGAGCUGAUCCAGUGUUAUUUCUAGUUGAAACCCUAGGUUUAGAUCCGAUCUCGAUGAAGUCGCUGCCCUUCCUGAUUUUGUUCCUCGCCGCGAUCGCCGCCGGAGACAACUCCAGCUACGUACCCCGUGACUACAUACUCCUCGACUGCGGAUCCUCCGGGCAGAACAAAGAUCAGGAUGGCCGGACUUGGAACGGCGACACCGGAUCCAAGUACGCACCUUCAUGGCUGAAUUCGGUCAGCUCUCAGGCGCCGAACCAGGACUCGUCCGUUCCUCAGUGCCCAUACCUUACGGCUCGUGUCUUCACGUCUCCUUUCACCUACACCUUCCCCCUCGGCGCUGGCCGGAAGUACGUUCGCCUCUACUUCUACCCUUCCAACUACUCCAACCAUGAGGGCGCCGACGCCUUCUUCUCCGUCACCGCCGGACCCAUCACUCUCCUCCAGAAUUUCUCUGCUUAUCAAACUGCGGCGGCCCUCAACAUGGAUUAUCUGAUUCGGGAGUUUUCAGUCAAUGUGUCCUCUGCUGGUCUCAACCUCACCUUCACCCCGUCGAAGAACUACUCCAACUCCUAUGCUUUCAUCAACGGCAUAGAAAUUGUUUCCAUGCCGGAUAUGUUUUCUACAGGUAAUCCUCUUCUAGUUUCAGGUGGAACACCAAUUCCGUACCCGAUUCCAGACGAUUGGGCAAUGGAAACUGUUUAUAGGUUAAAUGUAGGAGGGCAGGCGAUAUCCCCGUCUGGAGAUUCAGGAUUGUAUAGAUCAUGGGCGGAUGAUUCAUUGUACAUCUAUGGAGCUGCAUUUGGAGUAACCUACGGUGCUGAUCCAAAUGUAACAAUUCAGUACCCAACUACUUUACCAGAGUAUAUUGCGCCUGUUGAUGUGUAUUCGACAGCGAGAUCCAUGGGGCCUGAUCCUACUGUCAACAGAAACUACAAUUUGACCUGGAUUCUGAGCGUCGAUAAUGGGUUCUACUACCUUGUUAGGUUUCAUUUCUGUGAGAUACAGUACCCGAUAACCAAAGUGAAUCAGAGAGUCUUCGACAUCUAUCUCAAUAAUCAGACAGCACAGGAAGAAGCAGAUGUGAUUGCUUGGAGUGGUGGGAUUGGUGUGCCUGUGUAUGAGGAUUAUGUUGUUCUGACCUCAGGAUCUGGGACGACGGAUUUGUGGGUAGCUCUGCAUCCAGAUCUCAAAACCAAGCCAGAAUAUUUCGAUGCAAUCUUGAAUGGAAUGGAGGUUUUCAAGUUGCAGGACGGGAAAAAUAAUCUUGCCGGGCCAAACCCUGACUUGCCACCACAGCCAGACUUCGAACCUGACAAGAUUUUCAACAAGAAAUCAAAUUUCAAUAGCACUCCUGUGAUUGUUGGCGGAGUAGUUGGCGGCGCGGCGGCCAUUAUCGGUCUUGGUUUCUUGUUGCUUUUUCUUUGUAAAAGAAAGAAGAAGAAGGGGAAGGAUGCUGCUGGCACAAGUGAUGGUCCUUCUGGUUGGCUUCCUCUUUCACUCUAUGAAAACUCCCAUUCAGCAGCUUCGGCCAAGACGAACACGACAGGCAGCUAUGCUUCGUCCUUGCCAUCGAACCUUUGUCGCCAUUUCUCGUUUGCAGAGAUUGAGGCUGCCACAAAUAAGUUCGAUGAGGCGCUUCUGCUCGGAGUAGGUGGGUUUGGAAAGGUGUAUCGUGGUGAGUUCGAUGACGGCACCGAAGUUGCGAUCAAGCGAGGAAACCCCAUGUCCGAGCAAGGCGUUCAUGAGUUCCAAACCGAAAUCGAGAUGCUGUCAAAGCUACGCCACCGACAUCUCGUCUCCUUGAUCGGAUAUUGCGAAGAGAACAGGGAGAUGAUCCUUGUUUAUGAUUACAUGGCGCACGGAACUCUUCGCGAGCACCUCUACAAGACGCAGAAGCCGCCGCUGCCAUGGAAGCAGCGACUUGAGAUCUGCAUCGGCGCGGCUCGAGGACUGCACUACCUGCACACCGGCGCGAAGCAUACCAUCAUUCAUCGUGACGUGAAGACGACGAACAUUCUUCUGGAUGACAAAUGGGUCGCUAAGGUUUCCGAUUUUGGUCUGUCGAAGACCGGUCCUACUCUUGACAAUACUCAUGUGAGCACGGUGGUGAAGGGUAGCUUCGGGUACCUUGAUCCCGAAUACUUCCGGCGGCAGCAGCUGACGGAGAAAUCAGACGUGUAUUCAUUUGGAGUGGUUCUGUUUGAGGUGAUUUGCGCCCGGCCGGCGCUGAACCAAAACCUCCCCAAGGAGCAAGUCAGUCUGGCCGAAUGGGCUCUGCAUUGCCAGAAAAAGGGAAUUCUCGAUCAGAUCAUUGAUCCAUACCUUAAAGGAAAGAUUGCGCCGCAGUGCUUCAAGAAGUUUGCGGAGACGGCGGAGAAGUGUGUUUCCGAUCAUGGAAUCGAUCGUCCGGCGACCGGCGAUGUUCUCUGGAACCUCGAGUUUGCUCUGCAGCUGCAGGUGAGUGCGGAGGAGGUGGGUGAUUUGAUGGCUGAUGGAAUAAUCUCCGAUGUGGAUGGAGGUCCGGUAAUGAUGGAUGGGAAGAAGGAUGUGGAUGACCCUUCCAUGGAGUCGAGGACGACGACGGUCACAUCCACCUCGACGAUGAGUAUGGGUGAUCGGAGCAUCAUCAGCGAGGACUCGGAAGGGCUCACGCCCAGCGCGGUUUUCUCUCAAAUAAUGAACCCGAAGGGGCGGUGAGGUCUCUCUUAAUUUAGCGUAUUGUGAUUUGAAUAGCUCUCUGAAUGUUCGGUAUGUGCCGAAUAAAUGUAGUUCUUCUUCUAUGAUGUAACUGGCGUCGUCUCUUGAGGUUGUUCUGAUUGUGAAGUGGGUUGCUUUUGAUGACUUUGCUAGUUUACUUACUUUUUGGUACCA